UGCAGCCUCCUCUGUGUCGGUGUGAAACCCGGAGCAUCACCCGGUGGAUGCGAUCGAUCGGGCCGGUGAUCGCUGCCACAGCUGAUCCGUUCAGUUCCGGUUAAAGGGAGGAGGAGGAGGUGGAGGUGGAGGAGGAGGAGGAGGAUGCGUUGCCUGGAGACAGAGCCGGAGGAGCUGAGGAGGAAAACAGGGCAUCAGAGUGAAUGAGCAUCUUCAUCUCCAGCCGUCCUCCUCCUGUUUUUCAAAACGUGGGGUCACAGUGGAGAUGAGCCUGUAGUUCGACACUGACGGUGAAACAACAGUGAUGCCGUGUUCGUGUGCAGAGUGGCGGCGGUGGAUCCGCCCGCUGGUUCUGGUCCUCUACGCCCUCCUGCUGCUGGCCGUGCUGCCGCUCUGCAUCUGGGAGCUGCAGAAGGACAAAGUCGGGACUCACAGUAAAGCCUGGUUCAUCGCCGGCGUCUUUGUUUUCCUGACGAUCCCCAUUUCACUGUGGGGGAUCCUGCAGCACAUGGUGCACUACACCCAGCCUGAGCUGCAGAAACCCAUCAUCAGAAUACUAUGGAUGGUGCCAAUCUACAGUCUGGACAGUUGGCUGGCUCUGCGGUAUCCCGGCCUGGCCAUAUACGUGGACACGUGCAGGGAGUGCUACGAAGCCUACGUCAUCUACAACUUCCUGUCCUUCCUGCUCAACUUCCUCAGUAACCAGUACCCGAGCCUGGUGUUGAUGCUGGAGGUCCAACAGCAGCAGCCACAUCUGCCGCCGCUCUGCUGCUGCCCCCCCUGGCCCAUGGGAGAGGUGCUGCUGUUCAGGUGUAAGCUGGGAGUCCUCCAGUACACUGUGGUCAGACCCGUAACCACGGUGAUAGCGCUGAUCUGUCAGCUCUGCGGCGUUUACGACGAAGCCAACUUCAGCUUCAGAAACGCCUGGUCCUACCUGGUCAUAGUCAACAACAUUUCUCAGCUGUUUGCCAUGUACUGUCUGGUGCUGCUGUACCGAGCUCUCAGAGUGGAGCUGACUCCCAUCAGGCCCGUGGGCAAGUUCCUCUGCGUCAAACUGGUCGUCUUCGUCUCCUUCUGGCAGGCUGUUUUAAUAGCGUUCCUUGUGAAGGUCGGUGUGAUCUCCGACAAACACACCUGGGACUGGGACAGCGUGGAGGCCGUGGCCACUGGACUGCAGGACUUCAUCAUCUGCAUUGAGAUGUUCCUGGCUGCCAUUGCUCACCACUACACCUUCAGCUACAAGCCUUACGUCCAGGAAGCGGAGGAGGGCUCGUGUUUCGACAGUUUUUUGGCCAUGUGGGAUUUCUCAGACAUCAGAGCUGACGUCACAGAGCAGGUCCGCCAUGUUGGUCGUACAUUCCUGGGUCGUCCCAACAAGAUGUAUUUUGGCGCCGCGUCUCGACCUGAGCACUCCGAACACACCGGCCUCCUCACGGCGACCUCUCAGGACCCCGUCACCGCGGCCGCCACGUCGAUGCCCUCCUCGCCUUCUUCAAGUGGGCGGUACCAAGGCCUCGGCCACACCCCCGCCCCUCACUCUAUUUCCGCCCCAGCGGGCUUCACUUCCUCAUCGUGGGAGGAUGACAGCGACAACACGCCUCCACAAGAAGGUGGCGUUCAAUAACAGGGCGGCGUCGCAGCGAGGACACAUCCAGGAAGUAGGAAAUUCUGUGGAAAAUCAAAAAUUGUAAAAAGAACUGUUGUUUCCAUGUUCAUGAAAAACAAGAUAAUUAAUCGAGAGCAGGUGAAGGAAAGCAGAGACAUGAUGCCAAAGCCGUGUUUGUUAAGAGAAAAAAAAAAUCUGUAUUUUGAAGAUGUUGCUUUUGGCGGUUGGAGUGAAGCUGGUUUCUUCAGAGGGAGUGAGUCUUCGUCUUAUUUUACACGUCUGUGGUUCUUUAGUGUCACCGAUCUGUUUGUUCUCAUUCACAAUAAAUCAACACGUCACAUGUAAACAACAGAAUGUGUGUCCUUAGUUUCAGAGAAGUCUCACGACUC